CACCCCUCCCCCCCUUUCUGGUGCGUGUCACUCCUUGUCUCGUCACUCUUUGUUGCACUUUGCACUCGCACCACUAGACCUCGCAUCCAACCCAAUGUCCAAGCCCCUCCCCCUCUAGCCAGCGCCUCAUCCCAUCCAAAAAAACCGACCAGCCAUGGCCUCUGCAUCGCGCGUCGAGCCCCCAGACGAGGAGCACGCGUCGGCCCCCCCAGUGCCGUCGUCAUCGGCGGCUGCAACUGCUGCUACUCCUGCUGCUGCUGCUGCUGCCGCGGCACCCGCUGGAACGACGACAGCCCCCGACGCCUCGCCCACGCCGUCGCACCAUGGGCACCUUCCCACGGCGCGGCUCAAGCGCCUCGCCGCCAAGCCGCUCAAGCCGCUCAAGCUCGCCGCGUCGGCGAUCCACUCCGUCUCCCACUCGCGCUCGGCGACGCCGACGCCCCAGGCCUCCUUUGACGACGAGGACAACAUCCCGCGCAACAACAGCUCGGGCUCGACCCUCCUAGACGUGCCCGACACCACCACCAAGUCCCGCCCCCGCCUGGGCAAGCACCGCUCCUCGGCAAGCCAGCAGAUCACCGACCCCGCCCUCCUCGCCCAGGCCACCCGCGGCCCGCGCAAGCCACUCGAAGGCGAGGACCCCGCGGCGUGGCUCCGCGUUCGUGUCAACAGCGCCGAGGGCCUCGUGGUCAAGGACAGAAACGGAUUCAGCGACCCAUUUGUGUCGAUUCUCCUCGCACCGUCGACGAGGUACACCACGCCGGUCGUCAAGCGCUCCCUCAACCCCAUCUUCCCUGCGGCGCAGAGCACGUUCGACUUCCCGAUUUACCUCAGCCUCGCGGGCGUGAUCGGUGGUCGUGGCCUCGAGGGUGUCGUGUGGGACAAGGACCUCAUGAGGAAGGAGUACAUGGGGGAGCUGUUUGUCGGCGUCGACCAGUGGUUCAGCAGCGGCACCCCGCGCCUGUGGUCAGAAGACCUUCCUCUGCAAAGCUACGAGCUCAUCUCAACAAGGAGAAAACAAAAGGUCUCUGGAUCCGUCUCCUUGCAGAUUGGUUUUGUCGAGCCACCAUCGACCAACCCCUCCGAGGCCCUCAACAAGGUCACCAAGGUGUACAACAGAAUCCUGCAAAACACGCUUGGCCGUGGGCAGUUUGGUGUCUUAGGUGUCCCCGCGCACGAGGGCAUUGGCACCGUUAUGAUCAAGCGCGGAGACAGCCAGGGCGAUGAACUGCCGCGGUCCAACUCGGGCCGCGUUGGUCUGAUGACCUCGGCUUUGGUUGCCCCGUCGAUGGAAAGGACGCCAAGCCAGCAGCCGGGAGCCGGUUUCCACGACUUCACAGACGAUGGCCUGUCGAGCUCUGACGACGACUUGUGCGAUGCCGCGGAGGGCGACGAUGAUGGCUUCCUGCGCGACACGCCAUUGUCCUACGACGAUGUGUCGCAUCUGGAUGCCGCUGGCGCCGAGCUUUUGCCCCCUCGCACGUCUAGCCUCGGCGUCAAGGGCCACGACCACGAGCCGCUCUCCCCCCAGCCCACGUAUGAACCCCUCUCACCCAUGCCAGACUACAGCCGCAGAUCAAGCGCACCAGGCUCGGCCCCACCAACGCCUGGCAUCCCCUCUACACCUGGCGCACAGGCUACCAAGAAGAAGAGGCGAAUCUUUGGCCGCGGCAAAUCCAGGAAAGAGUUCAACUUCACCCAGGACAGCGGCCGUGGCGUCCUGGGCAUUGUCGUCAUGGAGAUUCAGAGUGCUAGUGACCUGCCCAAGCUCAAGAACACCCUCCGCACCGGCUGGGACAUGGACCCCUUCGUUGUCAUCUCAUUCGGCAAGAAGGUGUUCCGUACUCGUGUUAUCCGUCACUCGCUCAACCCAACUUGGGACGAGAAGCUCCUCUUCCACGUCCAUGACCACGAGCAGGCAUAUACCGUCCAGAUGGCGGUGCUGGACUGGGACAAGAUCUCGGGCAACGACUUUGUUGGCACCAGUACGCUCCCUCUGAGCGAACUGGCAGCGGACGCACCCAAGCCGGACCCAGUGACCGGUCUCUAUCUCGAGAAUGUGGAUGGCAAGCACGACAUGAAGGAGUUUACGCUCCCCAUCCUCACGUCCACAUCGAUGGCCUGGGAAGCUAGACACUCGCCGUCUCUGACUGUUCGUGCCAAGUUCGAGCCGUACGACGCCCUGCGUCAGCGUUUCUGGCGCCAGUACAUCAAGCAGUACGACACGGACAACACGGGCGCCAUCUCCCACUUUGAGCUCUGCGCCAUGCUCGACUCUCUCGGAUCCACCCUCACGCAUCAGACGAUUGAGUUGUUCUUUACUCGUUUCGGCAAGACACCAGACAAGGACGAGCUUACAUUUGAUGAAGUGGUCCAGUGCAUGGAGCGCGAGGUCCACAAGACUAGCGAUCAGAAGCGCGAGGCCAGCAAUGACGACUCGAACGCAGUGGACCCAGACGAGCUCAACGAGCAGCUUCUGCGUAGCUGGCCCAGAGGAGGCGAGGACAGCACUCUCGUCUCAAGCACCCCUUCGUCAAUCUCGGACAUCCAGGAUCCCCAUAUCCCAUCUCUCAAGGUCGAUCAAAGCGGCGCAUCGUCGCAGGACCAGUCGCUACGCCCAUCGCAUACGGCAUCUCCGCCCGUCCUCUCGGACAACGAGGACGGAGGCGACGGCAGCGGCGCCGAGCUGGAACGCGUCAUCAACAUCAAGGCGUGCCCCUUGUGUCAUCGCUCGCGCCUCGGUAAGCGCAGCGAACGUGACAUCAUCACCCACCUCGCCAUCUGUGCGUCCUCCGACUGGGGCCGCGUCGACCGCAUCAUGACUGGCAACUAUGUGACCUCGAGCCAGGCUCAGCGCAAGCUGGUGACAAAGCUUAUCAACAAGGUCGCUAUCGGCGCGUACUCGCUCGGUGCGAACUCGGCCAAUAUCCUGGUGCAGGACCGGCUCACGGGCCAGUUUCAGGAGGAGAAGAUGGCCGUGUACGUUCGCCUCGGCAUCCGUGUCCUGUACAAGGGUGCCCGUGGCAAGAUGGCCGGUGCUCGUGCCAAGCGGUUGCUCAAGAACAUGUCGAUUAAGCAGGGUAUCAAGUAUGACUCGCCGUCGUCUGUUGCCGACAUCAAGCCGUUCAUUGCCUUCCACAGACUCAAUGUCGAUGAGAUUCGGGACCCGCUCGACUCGUUUAAGACCUUCAAUGAGUUCUUCUACCGCCGACUGAAGCCUGAUGCACGCCCCGUUGACGACCCUGGCAACGACCGCCGGCUGGUCUCGGCUGCCGACUGCCGACUCAUGGUCUUUGACACGGUGUCGGAUGCCAAGCAAAUCUGGAUCAAGGGCCGCGACUUCACUGUCAGCAGGUUGAUUGGCCCCACCUACCAGUCAAUCGUCGACAAUUACAACGGCGGCGCGUUGGCCAUCUUCCGACUUGCUCCGCAGGACUACCACCGAUUCCACUCGCCAGUCCGCGGAAGGAUAGGCAAGAUCACGGACAUUGAUGGCGAGUACUACACGGUCAACCCUCAGGCCAUUCGCACGGCUCUGGACGUGUACGGAGAGAAUGUGCGCAAGAUUGUGCCGAUCAUUAGCGAGGAGUUUGGCACGGUGAUGACCAUCUGGGUCGGUGCGAUGAUGGUCGGCAGCAUUGGCUCGUCUGUCGAAGAGGGACAGCUGGUGGAGCGCGGCGACGAGCUGGGCUGGUUCGCCUUUGGCGGCUCGACGAUUGUCGUCGGGUUCGAACGCGGGCGUGUCAUCUGGGACGAGGAUCUACAGGCGAACGGCAAGGCGGCAAUCGAGACGCUCGUCCGUGUGGGGAUGGGCCUUGGACGGACGGCGCCGACGCCAUUGUCGAGCCGUGAGAACAGCACGGCGACAUUGUGAAGAGGAUGGGG